UUCAUAUUUCUCAUGUCGAUCAUCACAUUCCAUUAUUUUAUUAGGUUGAAAUAUUUGGCCCUUAAUAAAAAAUAUCAUAAUUAGGAGUAUAUAUAUACAUAUACAUAAUACAUAUAUGUAAUAUAUAAGGUCCCCUCCUAGCUAGACUUCUCCAACCUCCAACAUAUACUCCAAAGCUUCAAUUAUUGUUAUUAUGGCUUAUAAGGUGUAUCCUCAAGCUCCUUCUUUGUCUCCCUACUUGACUCCAGAAAGAGAAAAAUUCACCAUAUGGAUGAAAUCUCUUGUGUACCAAACCAAUGGUUGCACAGUUUAUAACUCCAAUGGACAAAUUGUGUUCAGAGUUGAUAAUUAUGAGAAGAAAUGCAGUAGUGAAGUCCAUCUAAUGGAUCUCAAAGGCAAAGUUCUCUUCACCAUUAGAAAAAAGAAACUACAAGCUUUUGGUGGAUUAUGGAAUGGUUACAGAUGCAAUAGUAUUAAUGAAGAAGAACCAUGGUUUAGAGUUACAAGACAAUAUCGUAAAAUGCUUAUGGGAGAUUUGGCUUGCCAUAUAAGUGUCGGUUGUGAUGAUAAGUAUAGAAUAGUGAGAAUAGCAGGCAAAGCUAUAGGCUUCAGAAUACUCAACCUUGAUGGAAAGAUUGUUGCGGAGGCUAAGCAAAAACAGUCAUCUUCUGGGGUUGUGCUUGGAGAUGAUGUAUUGUCUCUGGAAGUUGCUCCUUGUGAAGAUCAUUCUCUGAUAAUGGCCCUUGUCAUGGUCUAUGGAUUAAUCCAUCGAAAAAUGUAGAUACAUAUAUAUAUACACACACAUAUAUAUAUAUAUAUGUUGUUCGUUUGAUACAUACAUGAGUUUUCUAACCAGUUCAAGUUUUGGUUUGUACAUAUAUAUAUUUAUUCCAGUAAUUAUCUAAGAAUAAUAUAUAUUAACAGAGUAGAAAUAGAGAAAUUUAUGUAUAUAGAUGAAAAUUUUGCUUGUGAUGAAGGAAUGAAAGUUAAGGCUGAUCGAUCUGAUCAGUGAUCACAUGUAUGGAGUCAACAAUGUUCAUCAUAAUAUGUUAAUUUCUUCUGAGGUUUUUCACUGUUCGUGCAUGGAAUAUUGAUGUUCUGUCAAAAAUGACAACAUGGAAAAAUUUGUUGCAAGAAAAAAAGUCAAAUUAUUAGUUCCAUACAUUGAUUUUCAUCAAUACGAUGAUGAUGACUAGCACUUUUCAACAAAAAGGUUGUCCUAUGAUAUGAACUUUUGUAAUUAUUUAAUUAUUAAUUAGUCUAAUAAAGUGAAAUUGUGGGUGCA